GAAGAUUUUUAAUGGUUGCUUUUGAGCAGCAGAUAUUUUAGCAUAUUUUUCCUUAACCAUGUCCAGAUGCCCUCAUAGACUGAAACAAAUUGUUGGUAGCAAAGUAAGUGGACCACAUUGCAGCACAUGCUGCUGCCCCUGUGAAUAUCAAGAAGCCCUUUACGAAGUCACAUCGUGUGCAUCUUGCUCAUGUGAAACGACAACGACAAUAUUCGAACCGGUUUCAGAAAGAUGUGUGUGCGAUUGUCAUGAUUGGAAAGAAGAGUGCCAUUUUUGCCUUCAUUCAAAAACACCAUUUUCUUAUACAAACACAGAGAACUGGGAUAGAUUUCUAUCUUGCUCAAAUAGAACCUACACAAUUUUGAGACAUUGGUUUAAAAGAUUCGACAGAAAUGAAGAUGGAUAUUUGGAUUUCAAUGAGUUGAAGAGACUUGUACAGGAGUUGGGGACAGGAUCCUUGCAAAAUACGCAAAUAGCUCGCCUUCUUCAUAAAGCUGACAGUAAUCGAGAUGGUAGAUUGUCUUUUAUAGAAUACCUCCGCAUGUGGGAAGACGCAGCACUAAACGAACUUGAAUUUUUGAAUAUAACCAACUGUCGCGAAAUAAAUACAAUAAUUCGAGAAUAUAACUUAUUUCCUGAAGAAAGACAUGCCCGCACUAUUGAUGUAACAUUUACACAAAGUUCAAAACUGGCAAGUGAUAUUUUUCACAGUCAAUAUGCAAUUGAACCAACAAUCUGUGAUUGUGGUGUUGAAGAAGUUAAACUUUUCGUUGAUCCAAAUAGUCAAGACGAUUUUGUAGAACUUGACCAAGAACAGAAAAUUGACGAAGAAUUGCCAGUAUUAUCUAAAAAUCGUUCACCUGCAAGCUCUCCAAAAUACAACUCAGAAGACCAGUAAACCCAUAAUUUAACAAAAAUAGUAUGAGGACUUUAUUUAAUAGCAUUCAGCACAUAAAAUAGUUGGAUAACUGGAAUGAUUUUAUUUCAAGUGAUGAUUAACUAAUUUUUAAUUAAAACAUUUUACUCAACCC